AUGGUGGGUCUUCUUGACUUACCGCUCGAGCUGCGAGAGCCAAUCCUCCUCGGCGUGGUUCUUGACACCAUUCAGCAGCAGCCAGAGGGCCCUCUCUCGAUCUACGGUGAACCAUCCAGUCGGCAUGUUCCAGUACUCGAGCCUUCGUUGGAGUUCCGCAGGACCUUUUGCAGACCUCUUCAGCGCCAUGCAUCGCCCUUGCUUCUCAUAAAUCACCAGAUCCGUAACGAGGUCACUCAUCUCGUGCUCCAGCGACUGGGCCAACGGAUCAAUGACGCUAAACUGGACUUCGUGUGCAUGGACCGGAAGGGUCUUUGGGCGACUUGGCUCUCAGCACCGUUUCCCGCCACUCACCUACACACUGUGAACGCUCAAGUUCGAAACUUCACGAGGAUCGUCCCAUCUCUGGCUCGUGCAGCACGGUCCAGACUUAUCAGCACCAGCAUCGGGCAGGACGAUGAUUGGCAAGGGGAACGACAAGUUGCUGAGAUGAUGCGGGACUUCCUUGCGAACUUUCUACGAGGCCAAAGGGCAGCCACCAUACUCUGGGACACGCAGAGUGCCAGAAGCUAUUCUGAAAGUGGGGCAGCCAGUCGAACGAUUCAAAAUCUUGUCAUCGACCUUCCCUUCGAGUCGGAUCCACGGUAUUCGCCUCGUGAGCCUGCACUUGCUUGCCACAACAUGUACCGCGAUGGUAUGUACUGCAUGCUCCCAUUCGAAAAACGCACCGCCUUACUUUUCGCCCGAUCUUUGCAUGCUCAAAUGCUGAAGACCUUUGGCGUGUUGCCCCGACAUGGGAUUUACAACCAUUUCCCCGAUAUUGUUUUCGAAGGAAUCGGUGUCAUCGACAUACGAGUCGGCGGUGUUCAAUUUCGAACCUUGGACGUGGGUCAACUCCUCGCAGAGCUGCCCCACAGUGAGGACUGGCUAGCACGCUACGUCAACAGGAGCGAGUUUUUCAAACUGAAGAGAAUUGUGGAAGAGAAGCGAAAGGCCGCCGGCUUCCGAGUGAUGAAAAGGUCGAACCAGGAACACGAGAUCGUGGGAGCUGCAGGAGCGAUAGCCGCCAUACUGGCGGGAAGAGAUGAGAGCCUUGUGGAUAAGGCGGCGGCGCUCCGAGAUGACACGACGCCUCCUAGACAGCCAAAGACGGGCGAAUCUGUUGCCUUCAUGGGUAAGACUGUGUUUGUCCGAAACGAUGGCACUGUCCUCUCCGGUCAAGCAACGUUUUACUCUUCUGACUUACGGGACUUUAUGGAACUUGAUUGGAUGCUGCGUGGACAGUUCGAAAACCAUGUUGGAGGACCGCGGUCGGAUGUUGAGGUUGCACUCUUCAAAAGCGAAGCCAUAUUCAUUGGGAGAAACACCAUCACUUCUGGAGACGCCACUUUCUACGGCCGAGCAAAGCAAAGAAAAUGA